GUGAAAAAACGCGAAAACGGUCAAAGCAAAGAGUGGGAAAAGAAGAAAGGCAGCGAAAAUAUUCGUGUUAAAAUUGUGGUCAAAAUACUGCUAGGUUUCGCUGUUUGGUUGGAGAAAAAUUGGCUGCUUGUUAGUUUGCUGAACGUUUUGGAUUGCAUUUUCGUGAUUGGUUUGUCGCUCGCCAUCCGCUUCCAGUGACGAUUGGUGUUGGGGUUGGCGCCCCGGGAAUCGAAUGUAUCAAGUUUUAGAUGAGGGAACAAUGAUAAACCAGUUACCAGUGGAAGCGCUUCAUUCGGCCACCUACGUGGAAAAUUAUCUGGACUCGGUUGAGAACCUUCCGGAUGACGUCCAGCGGCAUCUGUCCCGCAUAAGGGAGAUCGACGUGCUGUACCGGAACCACCUGCGGGAUGUGAGCGUGUCCUAUGAACAGUGGCUCAGCGCCAGUGCCAACGCAAGUGCGGGUUCGGCCGGAUCCGGAAACGCCAGUGGACCAGUCCAAAAUGGAACGGGAGGGGCUGGCAGUGAUUCAUCGUCGGCAACGGCUGAACCGACCAGCAGCAGUUCCGGCAAUCCGGCUACGAAGCGGGCGAUGGCUCGGAUGCAGAAGAGCCUGAUUGCGGCCCAAGAGCUGGGCGAUGAGAAGCUUCAAGUGGUCCAGCACCUGCAGGAUUUGAUCGAUCACAAAACGAGGCAGCUGGAUCAGGACUACAAGAAUCUGGGCAGCGAUUUCUUCGUCAGGUUGGACUUCGGUCGGGAGGAAAAGAUCACCGAAGGUCAGCAGAAGGAAAUCCGACCGAACAGUCCCGGGUCAGCAUGUUCCCCGAACAAUGCCAAUUCCUCGCCCGCCGCCGCCUACUCGGUGUCAACCGGAAACGGUACCAGCACAGGAGGAUCAGUUCACGUCAGUGCGGGUAACAUCGGCGGAACGGCCAAUUCUGGCAGCGGAAAUUAUUCCUCCAAUGGCAAUAGCAGCGGCAGUGGCAAUGGAAACGGCAAUGGUGGUGGAAGCAGUGGGGGUCCUGGAUCCACGGGAAGUGGCACCGGUAAUGGAGGAGGUGGAGCAGGAAGUGAUCGGGGCUCGAAACGCGCCCGGCGAACGCGGAAUGAUCAGAACAGUGGUAGCGCAAAUGGGUCCAGCACACCGAAUUCCACUUCCGGAGCACCUAUGGACGUGGAUCCGAUCGAUACUAGCAAUAUCAAGCAGGAGCCGGGAACCUCGGGUUUGGGAAUUGGUGGCGGCAAUGGAGGAUCAUCUUCUGGGGGUGGAUCCGGUAUGGGCAGUAGUGGUGCCGGAGCUGGAGGAAUGGGUACGAGUAAAGGAAACUCCGGACAAGCGUCUGGAGCCAGUGGGCAAGGCAAGAAAGGUGGUGCCAAUGCUGGCAAGAAGAAGAAACGGAAGACCGGCCGAGGACAGGCGAGGGAAGCACGGGAAGACACUCCACCACCAGAAGAAACCAUCGAUCCGGAUGAGCCGACGUACUGUUUAUGUGAUCAGAUCUCCUUCGGUGAGAUGAUUCUGUGCGACAAUGAUCUCUGUCCGAUCGAGUGGUUCCACUUUAGCUGUGUGGCGCUGAUGUCCAAACCGAAAGGCAAGUGGUUCUGUCCCAACUGUCGAGGCGAUCGGCCCAAUGUGAUGAAACCGAAGGCCCAAUUCCUGAAGGAGCUCGAGCGUUACAACAAGGAAAAAGAGGAGAAAACUUAAGCACAGGGAAAAAGAUUCCUAACACCUUAAUAGUACCAUCGGCAUGAUAGCAAGCUUGGGCGUUACGCUGUGAAAUUCAUCUAUCAAAAACCACAAUGAAUUAAGUUUUUCAUUUGCUGGUAACAAGCAAGUUUGCUUCGGAUUAGGAAUGAUUUGAUAAUUAAUUUACUGUAUUUUGAAAAUUUUAAUCAAUGAACUAUUUCUGCUAAUGUAAGACGUAAAUCAAGCACUGGUUGUAAGAAUAAGUAGCUUAUAAGUUUUUUUUCUCUGCCCAUCGUUUGUCUAUUUUUUGACGACUGUUUCCCGAAUUCGGAAAUCUCAAUGGUAGUCAAAUCGUUCUUGUUAAUUUAUAUCUUCAUUUGAAUGCAAAUCCUAACUUAUCUCAUAAGACCCAUAGUAACUUUUAAGAGUGGAGGCAGCGUUGUUUUAUUUUCCGAAGCGAUGCACGAUUGAAUGCUGAUAGCGAAGAAUGAAAUGAUCAAACAUCAACAAAACAAGAAGACAACUAACCGUUAAUAAUUGUAUUUCUAAAAACGAAAAUUGCGGGAAUAAAUUGAUUUGAUUUUA